AUGCCGCUCUACUUAAGCACGAAGAACACUAUCCUGAAGGAGUACGACGGGGUGUUCAAGGAUAUCUUUGAGGAGAUCUACUUGACUCAGUUUAAAUCCAAGUUUGAACAAAACAACAUUUUCUAUGAGCAUCGCCUUAUUGACGACAUGGUCGCCCAGGCCCUGAAGUCCGAGGGAGGCUUCGUCUGGGCGUGCAAGAACUAUGACGGGGACGUUCAAUCAGACAUUGUGGCUCAAGGCUAUGGAUCAUUGGGCUUGAUGACCUCUGUCCUGGUUUGCCCCGACGGCAAGACAGAAGUGAGCGAGGCGGCCCACGGGACCGUCACACGGCACUACAGGCAGCACCAGCAGGGACAGAAGACGUCUACAAACCCCAUAGCUUCCAUUUUCGCGUGGAGCCGAGGCCUCACGCACAGGGCCAAACUAGACAAGAACUCGCGCCUGCAGCAGUUUUGUCUCGCCCUCGAACGCGCAUGCGUACAGACCGUCGAGGCGGGGCUCAUGCCGAAGGAUUUGGCUAUUUGCGUCAAGGGAGCUGAAAAUGUGAAGCCGAGCGACUACUUGAUAACUGAGGACUUCAUCGACGCAAUUGCGGAUACGCUCAAAAUGAACUUAAUUACACACCAGCUGCCCGUACGCCACAGCAACAACAAGCACAAGCUCAGCAAUCCGAACUGGGAUCACUAUGCGCCUUCUGAGCACAACUCAGAGGUUGACGACCACGACGGCCACACUAAGUAA